AUGGUUCUGUUCCCAGAUCCUGUAAGCUGGACACAGGUCAGGGGUCGAUGGGUGUGGGAUAGAAUCCGGGAAAGAAAGAAUAGAGUGGAAUGUCAUCGUCUUAUCUGGUUUCCUGCUCAUGUCCCAAAAUUUUCUCUGAUCACAUGGAUUGCAAUCCUUGAUUGGCUGCCUACCAAGGACAGACUUGCUCGGUUUGGAGUGGUGACUGACCUUGCUUGUGGGUUGUGUGGGACUGGUUUAGAGUCCAGGAACCAUUUAUUCUUGGAAUGCUCUUACUCGAGAGCAGUCUGGGAUUCUGUUUUGCACGUUUGUAGGCUGCAUCAUCAAGGAUUAAGCUGGGAUGAUCUUAUUUGCUGGAUGACUAGCAAUUGGAAGGCAGCUUGCUGCUUUCUUGUGGAUGAAUAG